AUGCUCGAAGGUCUUGUCGCCGGCCUGCUCAACAGGUUUCUGGGCAUGUACGUUAAGAACUUCGAUCCUGCCCAGCUCAAAGUCGGUAUCUGGUCUGGCGAUGUGAAGCUCCGUAAUCUCGAGCUGCGCCGCGAGGCACUCGACCAGCUCAAGCUCCCCAUCAAUGUUAUGGAGGGACACCUCGGUGAGCUGACUCUUGUCAUUCCCUGGUCCAACCUCCGCGGUGCUCCUGUCAAGGUCUUCAUCCAAGAUGUCUUUCUUCUCGCCAGCCCGAAAGAAGAAGCCGAAUAUGACCAAGACGAGGAAGACCGCAGAAAGCAGCGUCUCAAGAUGGAGAAACUUGACAGUGCCGAGUUACUCAAGGAGAGAAACCAGGAAGGUCUAAGUCAGGAGGAGCAGAAGAAGAGCCAGAGCUUUACACAAAGUCUGGUAACAAAGAUCGUCGACAACCUUCAAGUCACGAUCAAGAACAUUCACAUCAGAUAUGAAGAUUCCAUCUCCGCACCGGGUCAUCCCUUCGCUUUGGGUGUGACUCUCGAGGAGUUCAGUGCUGUCAGUACUGAUGGCCAGUGGAAGCCCACUUUCAUCCAAGACUCAAACAUCGUCACCCACAAGCUGGCCACUCUAGGAGCUCUAGCUGUGUAUUGGAAUACCGACGCGACUCUUCUAGGAACCGGCCGAGAAGCUUCAGCCUCCUCGAAGGAGGUGAUGACGCACGAUGAAAUGGUUGAGAAGUUUAGGGAAAUGCUUGGAAAGGAGGCGCAAGAGAAUACCAACCAUCAGUUUAUUCUCAAGCCCGUCAACGGCCAAGCUAAGAUCGAACUCGACAAGUCGGGUGAUAUAAAGGUACCCAAGUUCAAGGCCAAUUUGUUAUUCGAAGAAAUUGGUCUUGUUCUGGACGAUGACCAAUAUAGAGAUGCCUUGAUGAUGGUUGAUCUGUUCCACUACUUCAUCCGGCAUCAAGAGUACAAACGAUUACAACCAAAGGGUGCCCGACCCAAGGAAGAUCCACGAGCAUGGCUAGAGUUUGCGGGCAAUGCCGUCUUGUCGAAGAUUCACGAGCGCAACCGCAAAUGGUCGUGGGAUUACUUCCGAGAGCGACGUGACGACCGACAACGAUACAUCGAGCUUUUCAAAAAACGAAAACAAACCCAACAGUUGUCCGCCGAGGAAACCGAUGCCAUCAACGCCCUCGAAUGGAAGCUCACAUACGAGGAUUUACGGUUCUGGCGAUCACUGGCCCGCAACCAACUCAAGAAAGAGAAUGCUGAAGCUCUCAGAAACCAACCACAACAGCAGCAACAGCAACAACAAGGCUGGAUCUCAUGGGUCUGGGGUUCGAAGCCACAAGAAAAGAUUGAGCAAAAUGAAGAGAACACACAAAUGACUGAAGAGCAGCGACAAGAGCUCUACGAGGCCAUCGAUUGGGACGAGAAGAACGCUAUCGCCGACGAAGUCGACGUACCUCGUGAGGCCAUCAAGAUGUGCAUUGAAACGUCUCUUAGCACAGGUAGCUUUACGCUAAAGAAGAGCCCACACGACAACGCAGCAGACCUUCUCAGUCUGCACUUUGAUGUCUUCAAGGCCAAGGCGCUGCAGAGGAAGGAUUCUCUCCUUGCAAACGUAAGCCUUGGUGGUCUACGUGUCAACGAUGGCACCACACCAGAUUCGGUCUAUCCUGAGAUUGUGAGAGUCAAGGAUGCACCCACUGAGAAGCAGCGUAAGAGACUCUCGCUGGCAGAGCUUGAGCAAUCAGAAGAGGAUCCCUUCUUCCAGUUUGAGUUUGAGCAAAACCCCAUUGAGCGCGAGGGCGACAUUGCUGUUGUUGGAAAAAUGAAGCCUCUCGAGGUGAUCUGGAACCCCAACUUCGUAGUGGGCAUUGCCGACUUCUUUCGACCUCCUGAGCGCCAUAUGGAGUCUAUUACUGCUCUCAUGGAGAGUGCUGGUGCGACUGUCGAGAGCAUUCGUGAGCAGACUCGAGCGGGUCUUGAGUUUGCCCUGGAGGAGCACAAGACAAUCAACGCCGAGUUGGAUCUUCAAGCACCUUUGAUCAUCGUGCCUGUCAGUAUUACUACCAAGAACUCCACUUGUUUGAUUGUCGAUGCGGGUCACAUCCACGUCAACAGUGAACUCGUUGAUCAUGGUACAAUGAAGGAGAUCCAAUCGAAGCAGAAGCAGACAUAUAACGAUGAAGAUCUUAAACGACUCGAGUCUGUCAUGUAUGACAAGUUUAUUGUCAAACUGACUUCGACUCAAGUCCUUAUCGGACCCUCGAUCGAGGCUACCAAAGCUCAGUUGGUUGAGAAGAGUGAUGAGGCUCAUCUCCACGUCGUCGAACAGAUCAAUGUGGACUUUGUCGUCGAGACCUCCAUCAUGCCAAAAGCACCCAAUUUGACCAAGUUCAAGGUCUCGGGACAUCUACCAAUGCUCCACGCCACUGUGUCCGAUACAAAGUAUAAGAAUCUCAUGAAGGUCAUCGACGUGGCUAUUCCCAAGUUUAGCGGGUCAUCAGCAAAGGUGAUGGAGGAACACAAGGAGAUGUCUCGCCCUCGCCUCAAGAGCAACUCAUCCAACCGAUCCCGAAGAAAGUCUCAGCGCGAGCGACGACAGUCUACACCUUUCCCAUUUAUGCAAUCAGAAACGGCUGUCGUGCUUGAAGAUAUGGACGAAGAUGAUGACGACUUUGAAGAUGCGCAAGAUGGAGGUGAAUCUGAGCAGCUCCGGGUCCAGCAACGAAUCUUUGAGUUCAAGUUCAAGGUCGAUACCCUUAAGGGUUCACUUUAUCGGAGUGACCCUGAUGGACAGAAGCCUGACGCGUUGCUGGUUGAGCUGGUUGCUGAGCGAUUCGACUUGGAGUUCUAUACCAGACCGUUCGAUAUGGUGGCGGAUGUUUCACUGGGCUCACUCACGGUUGAUGACUUUGUUGACAACCCUUCUGCAGAGUUCAAGUCUAUCAUCUCGUCUGGUGACAGCGAGGAUCUCAAGGAAGGUCGCAGCUUGGUUCAUGUCAAGUUUGUCAAAGUCAACCCCUUGUCUCCCGAGUUCAUGUCUGUUUAUGAGGGCGUGGAAACCAACAUCAAUGCUGUCGUAUCUACUAUCAACUUGAUCGUCACUCGAAAGACGUUGCUUACCUUGCUGGAUUUUAUUCUUAUCACUUUCACAAACAACGACAACCAGCCCAACAAUAAUCAGGCAAUUGUUGAUAGUGACGACGACGACACAGAAAGCGUCGAUACUGCCGUCGCAGUCGUCAACGCACCGCCAUCAGGCGCCAGCACGGGAUCUAUCCGAGUCAAGGUUGACCUGAAGAGUAUCAGGCUGAUCCUCAAUAACGAUGGCAUCCGCCUCGCCACUCUGUCCUUCAACAAGGCUGACGCAGGUAUCUUCCUCCGGAACAACACUAUGCGCAUAUCUGCAAGACUUGGCGACCUUUCUCUUGUUGACGACGUUAACCUCGGCGUGUCAGAGGAAUCUCACCUCCGAAGGCUUGUCACAAUUCAGGGAGACGAUCUGGCAGACUUCCGCUACGAGACUUUUGACUCCACUAACCCCAAGGCAUACCCAGGAUAUGACAGUUCAGUCUUCCUUCGUGCUGGUUCCGUCAAGGUGAACUUCGUGGAGGAGCCAUUCCGCAAGAUCAUCGACUUCUUGGUCAAAUUUGGCAAGAUGCAGGCUCUUUAUAACGCUGCUCGCCAGGCUGCUAUGAACCAGGCGAACCAACUACAACAGAGUCCUAGCCGCUUUAAGUUCGAUGUCGUCGUCAAUACUCCGAUCGUUGUUUUCCCUCGUGUGCAGCAGCCGGGCCAGAUCGAGAGAGAUGUCGUCACUGCCUACCUCGGUGAAAUCUACGCUCAGAACAAAUUCACUCCCCUUGACGACAGUGAGAACUCCGACAUCGCCAUGAAGCUCUCCGCGGGCAUUCGUAACAUCAGGCUCACAUCGGAUUUCCACUUCCCUGAGGGCGUUUCAGAAGAGCUUGAGAUGAUUGAUCAUGUCGACCUCGGAUUCAACAUCACUUACGCAGAGCAUAAGUCUGGAGUCAAGAGACCUGAGACUGAGAUCGAAGGAACCAUGUCUGACUUCAAUCUGCGACUCACACAAUAUCAGGUCAAGUUCCUUUUGGAGAUCUCCAAGUCGGUACCUGCAGCAUUUGCUGGUGAAGGUGGCGACAACGAGGAGGCGGCUGCCAAGGCUGUCGAUGAAGGUACUCUGCAGCGUGCUCGAACGAUCAACAACGAUGACAAGUCAGGCGAUGAAAAGACUUUGGUUGACCUUGGCCCUGAACUUAGCUCCGUUGACCAGGAAUGGACCAAGCUUGAUCUUGUCUUCCGUGUCAACACCAUCGGUCUUGAGCUGAUCAACGCUCAAGAGAACAAGCCUGUGCAAGAUAUCGCGAAAUCUAGCCUGUCUCGGUUCUCGCUUGACGAUACCAAAGUCAAGACAAGAAUGCUUUCCGAUGGCUCACUUGAAGCCGAGUUACUCAUCCGAUCGUUCACAAUCUACGACAGUCGGCCACGUGAGACCAACAAGUUCCGCCGCAUCAUGUCAUCAAUGAACAAGGAUGUGCAGCAGCUGAUGGCUAGUGUAACAAUGUCAGGUGGCAAGGAAAAGAGCUUGAUAGCUAUGGCUACCAUCGAUAGCCCACGGGUCAUCUUCGCGCUUGACUACCUUUUCGCCAUUCAGAAGUUUGCUGUCGAAGCACUGACUGUUGAUGAGGGCAGUCCCAUGGACGACGAGAGCAUGCUUGAGGGCAUAGCUGAGGAGUCAGACACUGAUUCUAUGCAAGUUACCCUUGCUUCACGUCCUAAGUCGGAGAUCUCCCGACGUCAGAGCGAGGAGGUCAGCCAGCAAAAGGAGAAGAAGGAAGAGUCACCCAUGAGCAUUGCUUUCCGAGUUAACCUUGUCGAUGCACAAGUCAUACUUAUUGCCAAUCCCUUGACAUCAAGCUCCGAAGCCAUUGUGCUGUCUAUCCGACAGAUGCUCCUCUCGCAACAACAUGCCUUGACUUUCCAGAUUUCCGAAAUUGGAAUGUUCUUGUGCCGAAUGGACAAGUUUGAGACGUCUCGCUUGCGUAUCAUCGAUGACUUUUCGGUUCAAUUAAGCAUGGAUGGUUCCAAACCCAAUGCUAACGAUAUCCACGUGGACAUUGAGCCACUUGUCUUACGCCUGUCCCUGCGCGAUAUUCUCCUUGUGCUGCAAAUUGUAAGCAAAGCAAGUGAGCUGUCUGGCAACGAGCCGCCCAAGCAGGCCAAGGAGACGCCAGCAGACCAGAAAGCGCGAGAACUAAGGAACGCUGGAAUAAGGCAGCGUUCUGGCAGCGGUCGAGGUCAGUCUACCAUCGCCGGUAGAAGCAGGGUCACAGCGACCAGCCAUGCCGUCACCCACGCCGCUGACACCAAGGCUGGCAAAUCACCUGAACAGAUUGCUCAGCAAAAGUUCGAGACACUUUCGGCAACCGUGGACGGCAUUCGUGUUGUUUUGAUUGGUGAUAUACACGAACUUCCCAUUCUUGACUUGGGCAUCAAGAGCUUCACUGCAUCAGCUGAGAAUUGGUCCUCUAACCUCAAAGCCGAGACUGCCAUCGACAUUUACACGAAUGUUUAUAACUUCGCAAAGUCUAGCUGGGAACCACUUCUUGAGCCUUGGCAAGUUGGCUUCGGUGUGGCUAAGGAUCCUCAAUCAGGCUUGCUGUCAGUUGAUGUUGCCUCUAAGAAGGUCUUCGACGUGACUAUCACUACAGCUUCGAUUGCCCUGGCUUCCAAGUCGUUCCAGUUCUUGACAUCAGACGAAGAUGUUUUGGACAAGCCCCGAGGUGUCGAAGCACCAUAUCGCAUCAGAAACUACACCGGCUUCGAUGUUGUUGUCCACUCCAAGAGCCCUACUAGCGAUGAACCGAUCAACCUUCGCUUGGAGGAUGGAAAGGAAGCACCUUGGAGUUUCGAGCACUGGGAGAAGAUGCGUGAGAACCUUCUCACAGAGUCUAACCAGAACUACGUCUCCAUUCAGCUGGAAGGCAGUGGCUUUGAUCCUGUGAAGAACGUAAGACUCAACCGAGAGGGUGAAUAUCUGUAUGGUCUCCGCCCUAAGACUGAUGAUGUCCUGCAUCGUCUGUGUGUUGAAGUUGAGUUGGGAACCGACAACAUCAAGUACGUGACCUUCAGAUCGCCACUCCAUGUGGAGAAUGCGACGGAGAUUCCAGUCGAAUUGGGUAUCUACGACGCACAGGAAGGCCACUUGCUCAAGAUUGAGAAGAUCGCUCCCGGCGAAUCUCGACCUGCUCCUGUUGGCGCGGUAUUUGAGAAGCGUGUCCUCAUCAGACCUGAUGGUGGAUUUGGGUAUCAGUGGAGCAACGAUCACCUUUUCUGGAGGGACCUUCUUAAGAGACCUACCAAGCAGGUGGUCUGUAAGGGAGAGAAUGGCGAUCCGUUUUACUUCCAAGUUCAUGCCCGCUUUGACAAGGCAAACCCACUGACCAAGCAAUAUCCGUAUAUGAAGAUUAAGCUCUCUGCGCCAGUGACCCUGGAGAACCUCUUGCCAUACGACUUCAAAUACCGCAUCUACGACAAGAACACUAAGAAAGACUGGACCAACUUUCUGCGAAAGGGAGGUGUCAGUCCAGUUCACGUUGUUGAGCUUUCGCAUUUGCUGCUUCUCAGUGUUGACAUGCAAGAUACUGUGUUCAAGGCAAGCGAUUUCGCAAUCAUCAAUCGCGGAAACAACGAAAACUUCACCAAGGAGACUAAACUCGUCGUCAAAGAUGAUCAAGGAUUGCCGCUGAGUCUUACAAUGAAGUAUGUCCAGAUUCCCAACAGCGGCGGUGCAUUCAAGAUCAUGGUAUACAGCCCCUAUGUUGUCUUGAACAAGACUGGUUUGGAUGUUCGAGUGCGUGCCAAGAGCUUCCUCCAACAGGCCAAGCCAGCUGCAGGCCAGUUCCCUCUCAUGGAUACAUCCGACCAGGAACGUCCCAAGGCUCUCCCCUUUAUGUUCUCUUUUGGUAAUGAUGAUGAUCACCGCAACCGAGCACUUCUCAAGAUUGCCGAUUCGGAAUGGAGUAAGCCUCAGAGUUUUGAAGCUCUCGGCAGUACCACCGAAGUCGUGUUGAACUCGGCCACCAAGGACAAGGAGAUUCACGUAGGUGUUACUGUUGAAUCGGGCCAGGGUAAGUACAAGCAUAUCAAGGUUGUCACGAUUGCCCCUCGUUUCGUUCUUCACAACAAGAUGGAAGGAGAGAUUCUUGUCCGAGAAUCUAGCGCCUCUGGCUAUCUCACCCUGAGCGAAAGUGCCACCCAGCCUCUUCACUUCAUGCAAAAGUCAAAGGUUAAGCAACUGUGUCUUUGCUAUCCCGGUGUCAACAACCAAUGGACAUCCCCUUUCAAUAUUGCAGAUAUUGGCACACACUAUGUCAAGAUCGCCAAGGCCGGACAGCGCCAGAACCUGGUCAAGGUGGAAGUUUUGAUGGAGAAUUCCACAAUCUUCCUAAACUUGAGUAUGGAGAAGAAGAACUGGCCCUACUCCAUGCGCAACGAAAGCGAUGUUGAGUUCAUGUUCUGGCAGGCCAACCCUAGCGUUGACGAGGAUGGUGAGGAGGAUCGCAGCGGUUGGAGACAGAUACGAUACCGUCUCCCGCCACGAAGCAUAAUGCCCUACGCCUGGGAUUUCCCUGCGGCCAAGUUCCGAGAAAUUGUCAUUUCUGCACACGGCAGAGAGCGACACGUCAAACUGGCAGAAAUUGGUAACCAGAUCCCAAUGAAAUUCUCCAACGCACCUGGGCAUCCAAAGAUCGUCGACAUCAAUGUUGCUGCCGAUGGACCGAAGCAGACACUGAUACUCAGCAACUUCCGCGAGAGCAAGAGUAUGUACAAGCCAAAGUCGCUAGCUAGAGCCAGCACCGGUCUUGAAGCCUUCGAAGUCAAAGAUCAAGAUACAGGGGCUACUUUCCGCGCCCAGCUUAAGCUGGCAGGCAUCGGUCUGUCUCUGGUCAACGCUCAGAUGAAGGAGCUUGCCUACUUGACUUUCCGCGACGUCCAACUACGGUACAGUGAUUCGCCUCUGGUCCAGACCGUCUCGAUGGCGAUCAAGUGGAUCCAGAUCGAUAACCAGCUGUAUGGUGGUAUCUUCCCCAUGAUCCUCUAUCCCAGUGUGGUGCCGAAGAAGGCACAGGAAGUGGAGGCUCAUCCAUCGCUACAUGCUAUGGUUAGUCGUGUCAAGGAUGAUUCAUACGGUGUGCUGUACAUCAAAUACGCAACCAUUUUGCUGCAGGAAAUGACCAUUGAUCUGGACGAGGACUUUGUCUUUGCCCUCCUUGACUUCACCAACGUUCCAGGCGCUAGCUGGACAGAGGUGGAUGACAGUGGCAAGCUAUGCGACGAAAAUCUCGAAAUCCCCAAACCUUCCGGCCAACCAAUUGGACAAGACAUCUAUUUCGAGGUGCUCAACAUUCAGCCAAUGCAGCUUAACCUAAGUUUCAUGCGAACAGAACGCGUCAACGCUGAGGAUAAGCCAUCAUCUCGCAACCCUAUCAUGUUCUUCCUCAACGUCAUGACCAUGGCUGUCGGAAACGUCAACGAUGCGCCACUUCGAUUCAAUGCGCUUAUCUUGGACAAUGUGAGAGUGACUACAGCGGUUCUGAUCCAGAACUUCUCAAGCCACUACAGCCAGGAAGUUAUGUACCAGAUCCACAAGAUUCUGGGAUCUGCCGAUUUCCUUGGUAACCCGGUCGGCCUGUUCAACAGCAUCUCAUCGGGUGUGACAGACGUGUUCUACGAACCGUACCAGGGCUUGAUCUUAUCGGAUAAGCCAGAGGAGUUCGGUCUGGGCAUUGCCAAGGGUGCCGCCUCUUUCGCCAAGAAGACAGUGUUUGGAUUCAGUGACAGUUUCUCCAAGUUCACAGGCAGUCUCAGCAAGGGACUUGCCGCAGCGUCAUUGGACAAACAGUUCCAGGACCGCCGGCGUAUCACAAGGGCUCGCAACAGACCGAAGCACGCCUUGUACGGUGUCACUGCUGGUGCCAACAGCUUCAUCACAAGUGUCGCAUCCGGCGUCGGUGGACUUGCUCGCAAGCCUCUGGAAGGUGCUGAGCAGGAGGGUGCUUUAGGCUUUUUCAAGGGUGUCGGCAAGGGCUUCAUUGGACUGGCUACCAAGCCGGCAGUUGGUGUACUGGACAUGGCCAGCAACGUCAGUGAGGGCAUUCGCAACACAACAACAGUGUUUGACGGCCAGGAGCUAGAUCGCUCGCGAUACCCACGAUACAUUCCACAGGAUGGCAUUGUGCGCCCGUACAACCCGCGGGAAGCUCUCGGGCAAUACUGGCUGAAGCAGGUGGACAACGGAAGGUACUUUGACGAACAGUACAUUGGACACCUGGAGCUACCCAAGGAGGACAUGGUGGUGAUGAUAACAUAUGCUCGGAUCUUGCUGAUCCGAUCGCGACGUCUGACAAGUGAGUGGGAUGUGCCGCUCAAGGAUCUUCAAACAAUCGCAAAGGAACGAACGGGACUGAGCCUGUCGUUGAGAGGAGGAGCUAACGGGCCAUUCAUUCCGAUUGGUGAAGGCAGUGAGCGAGCCUUCUUGUACAAGAUGGUUGGGGUUGCGGUGGAGGAGUUCAACCGAAGAUUCAGAAGUGGCGAGUAA